GUGUUUGACUCCUCUGUGUUUGACUCCUCUGUGUUUGACUCCUCUGUGUUCAGUAUCUACUGUCUGACUCAGAUGAGCAGAGUCUGUCCAGCUGCGUUGAGUGGUGAGUGCUGUGUUUUCCCACGGUGCAGUGUUCCUGAAGGCAGCGCGGCGCUCCGCUGCCAUGUUGUUGUGAGAGUCCGGAGCAGCGGGACCGAGGCGCACCGAGGCGGACUGAGAGUCGGAGAGUGUCGGUGUGUGUCAGCGGACACUCGGUGAGCAAGGAGCCGCCGCUCCUCGGACCCUGUGCGGACCCAGCUCAGCUCUGUGUGGAACUCUCUGUCCGGUGAGGUGAAGAUGGUGGACCGGCUUGCGAACAGCGAGGCCAAUUCCAAGCGCAUCGCGGUGGUGGAGGGCUGCUUUGGCGCUGCAGGUCAGCCGCUGGCCAUCCCUGGCCGCGUUCUGAUCGGCGAGGGCGUCCUAACUAAGCUCUGCCGCAAGAAGCCCAAGGCGCGGCAGUUCUUCCUCUUCAACGACAUCUUGGUCUACGGCAACAUUGUUAUCCAGAAGAAGAAGUACAACAAGCAGCACAUCAUCCCACUGGAAAGUGUCACUAUCGACACAGUGCCGGACGAGGGCGACCUGCGCAACGGCUGGCUCAUCAAGACGCCCACCAAGUCCUUCGCUGUCUAUGCUGCCACCGCCACCGAGAAGUCAGAGUGGAUGAACCACAUAGGGAAAUGUGUGGGAGACUUGCUACAGAAAAGCGGCAAGUCACCUACUGGAGAGCACGCCGCCGUCUGGGUGCCUGACUCGGAGGCGACGGUGUGCAUGCGCUGCCAGAAGGUGAAGUUCACACCUGUCAGCCGCCGCCACCACUGCAGGAAGUGUGGCUUUGUGGUCUGUGGGCCGUGCUCAGAUAAGAAGUACCUCCUGCCCAGCCAGUCGUCCAAACCUGUUCGAGUCUGCGAGUACUGCUACGUGCAGCUGACGUCGGGAAGCCUGGCGCCGCGGUCAGACUCCAUCGGCCGCGGGGCGUCAAAAUUCAACAACCUGUCGGACGAUGAGGAUGAAGACGACAGCAGUGACUGAGGGACGCACCGUCCUCCCCGCAGCCUGUCCCGUCCCCUUGACGAGGAGGAAAUACUCUGCUCCUGAGUUCUUUCUCCUCUGAUCACUGAGUCAGGCUCCGCCGUGAGAUGAACUCCACCCCUGAGGAUUAAUUCAUUAAAUUUUUGUCGGACUUGGAGGCUCCUGCAAAACCUACAGUUUUAUUUUUCUUCCCUCUAAUUCCUGCAGGGACGAAUAUUUUCCUGAGCGUCGUGAUAAAUCAGUGAGAUGUGGAAUUAACCAGGUGACCAGCAGGACUGUGAGGAGGAAGGGAAAAUGUCGCACUGGACUGUUAAUUAGGCUGCAGUUCAUCACUACAGAACAAUGGUGCUAAUGAGCAACUCCCUCUGUCCUCUUCUUAAAUUAAUUUCAGCUUUUAGAGGAUUCUUUUGUUUUCUGUCCAUGAACUACACAAGGUGACUGUUGUUACUUCUGCAGGGAAAAGCAAAUGUUUGGGCUCUAACCUUUAUCUCCUCUGUCUUUCAGGUAUUCCAUCAAACUUUUUUCUAACAGAGUUUGGUGUUUUUCUGCCCUUUUAUAAAUCUGUCUCCGUUUUUAUAAACAACAAAAUGAAGACAUUACUUUGAACUCAGCAUUUCUUGUCAACGUAAUUUCGCUGCUUCUGACAAAUCAGCUGAAGCUUGUCUUCACAGUCAGUAUGUUUGUCCCAAAAACUAACUCUACCUUCUAGAGUGUGGUCACACGGUGCCUUAUAAAAAAGUUGAGCUGCAAAAACAGGGAUGACAUGAUGACUUUGACUCUGAAACACAUCAAACAGGGAGCAGUUGAACAUUUACAGCAGGGAUAUCACCAAGUUUUAGUUCCGGUUGUGCAUUGUUGAAAAGACGCAAUUGCCAUGCAUUCUUUUGAGGGCACAGCGAGGAGAAUGUAGAUUUUCUUUCAGGUUCAUGACUUUUAAAAUCAGUAAAGCUGUUUUCAGACAUGAACUCAACAUGAAAAUUAUAUUCAGUCAUUUUGUGUAGUUUAUCUUUCUCAUGUGAAGAAGCAGCAGGUCUCACAUAAAGACCCUUUGGAUAAUUUCAGGAGUAUGUUCGUACUUCAGUGCAGGUCUGAAAACAGCAUCUGAUUAAAUGAACGAAGGGAAUCGGGGACUGAACGAGAACAACUCCAGACCACCUGACCGGUCAGACCCUGGUCGGCAAAUCAAAGACAUGGAGGUUGAAGAAGCUGGUGUAGAACAAACUGCAGUAAUUUCUGAGCUUGUUAUAAUUCACACAUGGAGUGUAGGUGAAUAGAGUUUGAUGCUGGUAUGUCAACAACAGGAACAUCCCUGCUCGUAUUAUGAGUCUGACAGAUCCAGGGGCACGUUAGAAAUGGUGACGGAGCGCAUGCAUGAAAGAAACAACAUCUCCUGUGCGUUUUCACCACAGGCAGUAAAUGUCACCAAAUGUGUUCAGAUAGAAUUUGUCUAGUGGACAACAUGACUAUGAAACGAAUUUAAACCAGUGACAUCAGGAAACAGAAGAAGAACAUGUGGCUCUCUGUAAACUUACAGGUCAUUUAGUCCCUGGUGUCAGAGAAGACGUUUGAUUUAAGAUCUGUUCAGAGGCUGCAAUGUGUUUAAAGUUCUCCCGUUGGGAUGUUUGUGUGGACGACUCCUGUGAAAGAAUGAAACCAAAUGCAAUAAUCCUUCAGUACAGGAGCCGCCCUGUGUUUUCUUUUGCCAUCACUAAUUUGUCCUGAUUCAGCAGGUGAGGUUGUUUGCAUUUACUGGAACAGCAGUAAAUCAGUCUUCCUGUCGGUGACUCUUCCCUUUGCCGAGGUCAGAGGGCAAUGCCAUGUCGCAAAACAAACGCACCCUCUCUGAACUUGGCUCCUCCCAUCUGGGGAGUUGUAAAACCUUGCUGGAACUUUUUUCUUCUCCCUUUUCUCUCCUUCCUUCCUUCUUUCUUUCCUCGUGUCCUUUCUUCCUUCCUUCUUUUUUCAGCACCAUAACUUUCCAUUGGAAACGCGCCGUCUACUGAUUAUAUGACGUCUGCGUCCGUGACCUAGAUCAUGUAAUGAGUCACGGAACCAGGGAGAAAGGCUCCUUGCUUUGGGAAAUGUUGGUGAGCUACCUACUGCAGCCGGCAGAGGAUUCUGCUUUUCUCACAGAUGUUCAUGUGGUCAGUUUCAGUUGGAGUUUCUCUUCCCUGCGGGGACUCUGAAGGGUUUUUGUUCCUUUUUAAACAGGCAACAUGUAAAACACCUGCAGGCAGAAGUGACUCAUCUCACACCCCACAAAAAAAACACAUGACCUAUACUUAUUAUGGCAGCAGAAACCUUUUUAAUUCAUUUAUAUUCCUUUAUAAUACAUUAACAAAUUUUUUAAAAGUUGUUUUAUUUGUUUAUUAGUUUCAAAAAUAAAAUUCCAACUUCACAGAGAGAGUGAGGUGCUGAGUGUGAUUUGGGUCCAAGUGGUUCGACUGUCACAGCCGCUCUUCCACACGUGUGUUUCGAAGUAACUGAAGUUGUGCAGGAACCAGAAUAAAUGUCAGUUUUUGGAAUAAAACCCUUCAGAUGAGCAUGAAACUAUGGAAACCUUUACUGCAUCUUUACCUGAGAUAAAACAGCGAAGAAACACGUCAGUGCAUCUUAAAUACGAACAGUUUGCUGAGUUAUGGCUGCUUCAUCUGCAUGAAUCAGCAUUUUUUCAGAGGUUCUUAAAGUGACAGAACAGGGAGAAGAAGGGAUCAUUUUCUGUUUUUUUCAGUUUUUAUUUGAAGCGGAUGUUAAUGUUCACGUCGCUGCAAUAACACCACCUGGAAAAUGAAAACAGUGAUGAAGAUAACCAACCAGCUGCUCUUCCUCCUCACUGUGGCCGAGGAGACGACUUCACCGUCCAAACCAGAAGCACAAAGUGUAUUUCUGUGGAUUGCACUUAAAGUCGGCACAUGGACUCAGAUCCACAGUGACUGUCGGACGUCUCUUUUUUCUUUUCUUUUUUUUUUUAUCGAUAUUUUCUUUUGUUUUAAUCCUGAUGAUUAUUUUUUUGUAUAUUUGUACAUAUUUGUUUUGGGUUCUUAUGUUUUUGUUGUACAGCUAUGAUCAGUUCUGAAAUGACGCUGUUUCAGUUCUUCCUCCUCGUCUUUUUCCAUAUGAGCGUCUUUCUAAACGCAGUGAUCAGUGAUUCCUGAACUCGGCACAAACUGGUGACAUGUUCGCACAUCUGUAUUUUAACCCCUCCCUGUUCCCUGGGGAGGUCGGAGCUCAGUAGCAGGUCCUCGUCAUGCUCAAAGAUACUUCAGCUUCUGGUUCAGCGUUAUCAUGCACUUUAGUAACCGGGUUAUGGUCGACUUUCUCCUGUAACAUCACUGGAUUCACAGCCAGGUUUCCUCCUCGUGUGCACGUGGUUUCCAGAUUCUAACAGAGACGUGUACAGAAUGAAGGCUGCAGACAGGAUGAGUGUGACAGCAGCUGGGUAAACGAGACACACUCAGGCUGCCUCUUAUUUCAUGCUUAAAAUGGAAGAAAAUUGAUUCUGGCUCCAAAUUUUUGUUUCUGCUUAAUUAUUUGCUUUUUUGCUCCUUGAGAAAAAACUCAGUCUGCUCCAACACAGAAAAAUAAGUGAGUAACGAUUCCAAACAUAAAGAAGACGACAGAGAGGAAACCUGGUUACAGACCUGCGUGUUCAUGUGGAUUUACAGGAAGCGGGUUAUUUGAACAACCUGAUUUCAUUCCGAGGAACCUGGUUGCUCAAGUUGCAUGUGAACGCUUCAUUCGUCUACUCGCAGCUCCUGCUGCUGUUUAAAAGAUUACAGAGUGUUAAUCACUGCUGCGGUUUGGUAUUUAACGAUCCAGCUGUUUGUUCACACUGAGCAGCCUCUGACACAUGGCUCACUUCUGUCGAGUGUAUUUUGGUUUUCUUUGUUAUAAGAAGGAUUCUAAAAAGAAACUGAGCGACAAAACAAGACCUGG